AUGUCAUUGCCAGAUAUUUUAUUAUUAGAACCCUUUUACAGUGGCUCACACCGUCAAUUAAUCGAUUUACUAACGUCCUAUUUUUCUACUCGUUGUACUCUAAUUACACUAGAUGAUGGCUCUUCCAAGUGGCCAUGGCGUGCACGAUGUUCCGCUCUUCAAUUCUGUUCUCUUAUCCCUCAUGAUCAUUCGUAUCGUUAUUUAUUUUGUUCCUCAGUAUUAAACUUAUGCGAAUUGCUCUCAUUAAGACAAGAUUUAUUAAAAUGUCGAAAACAUGUGUAUUUUCAUGAGAAUCAGCUUUGUUAUCCAAGACAAACCAUCAAAAAAGAACGUGAUUUUCAAUUUGGAUAUAAUGAAAUUUUGACUGCUCUUGUUGCAGACAACAUUCUUUUUAACUCAAAAUAUAACCAACAAACAUUUCUCGAAAAUAUUCCAUCUUUUCUAAACACCAUACCAACAAAACCUAAACUCCCAUUUCAAUCGAUUCAGCAACAAAUUGAUGACAAAUCAUUGAUUCUCUACUUUCCAUUACAGUUUGAUGAUGAACCAUCGACUGGUAAUCUCUCAAACAAUGAUUCUCGUCCAUUAACCAUCGUUUGGCCUCAUCGUUGGGAACAUGAUAAAGAUCCGGAGAGAUUUUUUCAUGUUUUAUACGAACUCCAUGAUCAACACUUCGAGUUUAAAUUAAUUAUACUUGGUCAAUGUUUUGGAGAACAACCAUCGAUUUUUGAUGAAGCAAAAGACAAAUUAAAAGAGCAUCUCAUACAUUGGGGUUAUGCUGAAUCACGUCAAGACUAUUUUCAAUUGUUAAAACAAAGUGAUGUGGCUGUAUCGACUGCUCAACAUGAAUUUUUUGGUGUCUCAAUGUUAGAAGCAUGUCAUUCAGGAUGUAUUCCUCUAUGUCCAAAUAAAUUAGCCUAUAACGAAUUGUAUCCACAAGAAUUUCUUUACAAUACAACAUUACAAUUGGUAAAACAAUUAAAAUUCUAUUGUAAAUAUCCGAAAAAUGUUCGAGAAAAUGUGAAGAAAAUGAUUGUUGAACCAUUUUUAUGGAAAAAUUUGAGAGAAAAAUAUGAGAAAUUAUUUUCAUAA